ACCGUCCAACAUCAACACUGUUCCAGGCGAACCUGGAUUAUUGCACUUGUUUCGUCUUCGAAGCAUUACCAUUUUUUCACUAUAAGUAAGAGUAUUACCGUACUGAUGAUUGCAUUUUGAUUUUCGAUGCCCGAAUUUAAUAUGUAUGGUGUUAUUAUAUCAUGGGCUGCGCAACAAGUCUGAUUUUAGCAGAGGUCGAACUUAUGCCACAUGUGUGUAUGUGAGCAGGUGGCACCUCACCAUGUGCAUGUUCUUCAAUCUUCAGAGUUCAGCCCUGGGCCGUGGCCCAUCCCGUAUCCGAGGGUCAGUGUUGAAUCCGCGCCUUACGAGAUUCAAUUAUGGUGGGGCAACUUUAUAUGUGUCAACUGUGUACUGUGUAGCGUGUACGGAUACGCCGUACGGAAUACAGUGCAGAGAUGACCCGAGGGUGGGGCCAAGCCGCCCAGCUAGGGGCAUUGACGGUGCUGCGUACGUAGUACAUUCUACCAUGGAGACCUCCCGGCCCCCCCUCCUGGAACUGAUCUAGGGGCCGAAUCCUUCUCCACAGCCCCCUAAACGCUGACUUCGUGCAUCGGUAACUGUUCGAUGACGGAUAUGAUCAACAGCAACGGUGAGACUCUGGAGAGUGGAAACUCAGCCGUGUAACUUUGCACCUCUACCGUGU